AUGCCUGUUGAACAGUAUCAACAAGGACAAGUUCCUCCCGUCCAGCAUCAAAAAGCUCCUGGACUCCAAUCCAAGAUGGAGCCCAACCCCUUAAGUUCCACGUUACCAUCGUCGACCGAUGAAGGUCAAGUGACACUGGAGAGGUACAAGGCAGCUGGGAAAUUGGAGGGAAAAGCAGCAUUGAUUACCGGGGGAGAUUCUGGUAUCGGUCGUGCAGUUGCGGUUUUGUUUGCAAUGGAAGGCGCCGAUGUCGCCAUUUCCUACCUCUCAGCAGAGGAAUCCGAUGCCCGAGACACUCAGGCGGAGGUCCAAAAACUGGCCCCUGGUCGUAAAUGUGUCCUGAUUCCUGCUGACCUGUCCAAGGGUGAGCAGACAUGCAAGGAAGUGGUAGACAAGGCCGUGAAGGAAUUGGGCAAGUUGGAUUGCUUGGUCAAUAAUGCUGCAACGCAGCAAGAGGUAGAGGGCAUUCAGGAUCUAACAGAAAACCAAAUCGAAACAACCUUCAAGGUCAAUAUUUUCUCGCAAUUCUACUUGUCAAAGGCCGCCCUCAGAUACUUUGAGGGACGGCAAGGGUGUACAAUCAUCAACACCACUUCCGUCAACCAUUUUAUGGGACAUCCUACACUGUUGGAUUAUACAUCCACCAAGGGAGCCAUUGUUGCAUUCACAAGAUCCUUGGCUGGUCAACUUGCCGAGAAGGGCAUUCGCGUCAACUGCGUAGCUCCCGGUCCCAUCUGGACUCCACUCAUUGUCUCCACAAUGACUGAUGAGAGUAAGAAAACUUUUGGCUCGAGUGUUCCAAUGAAGCGUGCCGGCCAGCCCGUGGAAGUGGCAACAUGUUUUGUGUUCCUCGCGUCAGCGGAUUCCAGUUACAUAUCUGGACAAACACUCCAUCCUAAUGGAGGCAAAGUAGUCAAUGGCUAA